CUUCUCCUCCAUGGCAUUUGUGCAGGUGUCUGUUACGCAAGCAGAGGGUGGGAGUUCCCAUCCCUCCUGUGAGAAGGUCCUAGCAGCCCUGCCCCAAGCUUCCUAAUUCAGGACUUAUUUCCUACAGAAGAGAAACAAGGCAAGGUACAGGCCUGGUCCCCAGCUCUGGCUCUCUGCCUCUCCACAUGCUCAUGGCCUCUCCCAGGCUAACACUAAGCAGUGUCAUGAGUCUGAGCCAGGUGGGAGAUUAAUUCCUGGGGGCGCUUCAGGGCUGAGAAGGGGGAGGAAUGACAGGUCCAGUAACCGUUACCAACAGAGCAGUGCAGCUGCCAUCCUUGACAGCUCCCUCCUCCUCGGAGACCAUGACAUAGAUGGUCAGGAACCCAGGCUGAGAAAGACAGCCAAGGGGUGGGGGGAGCCUAGGCAAAUCUGGCCUCUGCCAAGUCCUGGCUUCAGCCAGGCAAGCUCCAGCCUCCCUGGCUCCUCCUCCUUCCCAGCCCUAUCCCCACCCUGUCACACAUACACUUAAUACGCCUGGCAUCUAAGUCCACCCACUCCAGACUUUGGCCUUAGCAGUAGCUAGUGUGGGAGGCUGGGAAGACUGGGAGGAGUCUCUUGAACAAAAGCAAAAGAAUCAGCUUCGGGUGCUGUAGUACCUGCCAGCUUUCCCCCCAGGAGCCUAGGCUGCCACCUGUAGGUCACUUGGGCUCCAGCUAUGUGGCUGCCUCUGCUGCUGGGUGCCUUACUCUGGGCAGUGCUGUGGUUGCUCAGGGACCGGCAGAGCCUGCCCGCCAGCGAUGCCUUUGUCUUCAUCACCGGCUGUGACUCAGGCUUUGGGCGCCUUCUGGCACUGCAGCUGGACCAGAGAGGCUUCCGAGUCCUGGCCAGCUGCCUGACUCCCUCUGGGGCCGAGGACCUGCAGCGGGUGGCCUCCUCCCGCCUCCACACUACCCUGCUGGAUAUCACUGAUCCCCAGAGCGUCCAGCAGGCAGCCAAGUGGGUGGAGACGCACGUUAAGGAAGCAGGGCUUUUUGGUCUGGUGAAUAAUGCUGGUGUAGCUGGUAUCAUCGGACCCACACCAUGGCUGACCCGGGAUGAUUUCCAGCGGGUGCUGAAUGUGAACACAAUGGGUCCCAUCGGGGUCACCCUUGCCCUGCUGCCUCUGCUGCAGCAAGCCCGGGGCCGGGUGAUCAACAUCACCAGCGUCCUGGGUCGCCUGGCAGCCAAUGGUGGGGGCUACUGUGUCUCCAAAUUUGGCCUGGAGGCCUUCUCUGACAGUCUGAGGCGGGAUGUGGCUCAUUUUGGGAUACGAGUCUCCAUCGUGGAGCCUGGCUUCUUCCGAACCCCUGUGACCAACCUGGAGAGUCUGGAGAAAACCCUGCAGGCCUGCUGGGCACGGCUACCUCCUGCCACACAGGCCCACUAUGGGGGGGCCUUCCUCACCAAGUACCUGAAAAUGCAACAGCGCAUCAUGAACCUGAUCUGUGACCCGGACCUAACCAAGGUGAGCCAAUGCCUGGAGCAUGCCCUGACUGCUCGACACCCCCGAACCCGCUACAGCCCAGGCUGGGAUGCCAAGCUGCUCUGGCUGCCUGCCUCCUACCUGCCAGCCAGCCUGGUGGAUGCUGUGCUCACCUGGAUCCUUCCCAAGCCUGCCCAAGCGGUCUGUUGAAUCCAGCCUUCCAGCAAGAGAUUGUUUUUCAAGGGCAAGGACUUUUAUUUCUGCCCCCACCCUGGUACUGCCUGGUGCCUGCCACAAAAUAAGCACUAACAAAAGUGUAUUGUUUAAAAAAUAAAAAGAAGGUGGGCAGAAAUGAAUGUGCCCAGUGGAA